UUUUUUUUUUUUUUUUAGUUUCCUUCUCUAAUUCAUCUUCUUCUUCUCCAAAAUUGAUACUUUUCUUCGGGUCAUGUGAGAAGGUCCAAUUUCCUCAGAUCACAACAUUUUCAUCUGAUCUUCUCUUAAACAAAAACCCUAAAAAAAAAGCCUUGAUUUUUUCCGUCUUAAAGGCUUGAUCUUUCGUUUCUCUGAUCAAUGAAGAAGGUGCUUCAUCGAAGUUUUAAGCCUGCUAAAUGCAAAACUGCUUUACAAAUGGCGGCGUCACGCCUGAAAAUACUAAAGAACAAAAAGGAUACACAGAUUAAACAACUAAGGAGAGAAUUGGCUCAAUUGCUUGAGUCCGGCCAAACCCAGACAGCUCAAAUUCGAGUGGAGCAUGUGGUGAGAGAAGAGAAGACUGUAGCUGCUUAUGAGCUCGUUGGUAUAUAUUGUGAACUUCUUGUUGCUCGUUUGGGUGUCAUUGACUCUCAAAAGACUUGCCCUAAUGAUCUUAAGGAAGCUGUGGCGAGCGUCUUAUACGCUUCCCAAAGGUUAACGGAUGUUUCAGAACUCUCAGAUAUUGUUAAGCAUUUCACUGCAAAGUAUGGAAAAGAUUUUGUUUCAGCUGCUAUUUAUUUGCAACCUGAUUCUGGAGUCAGUCGAUUGUUGGUGGAUAAAUUGUCUGUUAAAGCUCCUGAUGGUCCAACGAAGAUCAAAAUUUUUACGGAGAUUGCUGCGCAGCAUAAUGUAACUUGGGAAGCAGAAUCUUUGGUUGAAUCAGAUCCAAAGGAAACCGUUUCGGCGAGUGGAGCAAGUUCCUCUCACUCUCAGUCUUCAAGAAUCCAAAACAAUCAACUUCCAGAAUUUCAAGCUCCAGAUACUACUGUCAAUGUGUCGCAGAAUUCAUAUGGCAUCGAUGGAAGAUCUUCGAGCCGCACUACAUCUACUGAUUUCAACAUUGAGAAGACAGCUGAUCACUAUCAUCAAGACCCAAAACCGUCUGGAGGUAGAACUGACGGUAGAGAACACAGACAUCCCAAUCCAGGUCAUGGGGAUUCAUCUCCAUGGGAAACAGAAUUUGUUGAUGCAACAAGUGCUGCACGUGCAGCUGCUGAAUCUGCAGAAAGAGCGAGUUUUGCUGCACGUGCAGCUGCUGAGCUUUCAAGUAAAGAACGGGUGAUGGCAAUGCAGAAUUCAACAGAGUCGCUGAACUCAUCCUCUUAUGAUAAUUUAAGAAACAAUCCCCCACAUGGUCGUAGUAGCUCAAAUGUGCAAGGCGGAGGUUUUGGUAAGGAAGAGAUGGUGAGAAGCAGUAACAGGCAAGAAGAUCAAUCUACUACUACUAGGGCAGAAUCUUCUAAGAAGAAUGUUGAUGAGCUAUCAGAAAAGGCUUCAUGGAGGAGAGGUCAUUCUCCAGAAGGUGUUCUGCUCAAGAAACAGUCAAGUCAUGCUUCAUCACAUUCACAGUCAAGCAAUUUAUCUGAUGACUAUGAUGUCACUGCCUCGGACCAUAUCGAUUCACCAAGCAUCUUGGAAAAAGACAGAUUUCAGAGCACUGUUGAAGUUGAAGAUACAGAGAGUCGCAAUCAUGGUCCUGAUGUUGUUGUUGCUCCAGCUUUUGAUGACUAUAGCUCGUUUUUCGAUAAACCUCAAUUUGACACAGAGGAUGCUUAUCAUGGUGAACCAGAAGAAGGAUUAGGGUUUUCAUUGCUUGGCAGUAGCAGCAAAACACCUGAUCAUAUACCAACACAGACAAGUUCAUGGAGCUUCGAAGGACACAAGGCUGUGGGACAACCCAGCUCAGCCUCAACCUCACAGGUUCUUGAUAAGGAGAAGCCAAGUUCUCCAAUAUUUGACGAUGGUCCUACAAGUCCUCCGGCUUCUCUGCUUGAGCCUAAGCCGUCUGCAAUGUUUGAUGACUAUGACCGAGAUUCUGAAAGUGAAGAAGACAAUCUGAAAAACAAAGGAAAAUUUUCAGGACAUGUAGAUGAAAUCCCGAAGCUGAAAUCUCAUAAGUCCCCAAAGUCUAAUGUUCCUGAUGAUCUAGGACGCUACUUUUUCCCCUCAGACUCCGAAGACGAAGGAGAUGAUUUCAAGAUACAGGAAGAAUCCGACUCAGAGACUCCUACAGGUCUUAGGAUUGAACCUCUAGCCGGUGAACUUAAGAAUGAAACAACUCUCCCAUCUUAUGGAAUGAGUCCGCCAAGAGACAAGACAUGGUCUAAAUCUGUUGAAGAGCAUGUCCCAACAGUAGUUGAUCCAUCGAGGUCUUCUUCUUUUCAGACAGACAGAAAAGAACUUAACACUCAGAGAGCAAGCAACACGGACAAAAGACCAAGCUAUAUACCUCCAGAUACAUUUUCUAGUGAUGAUGAAUCAGAGACGGAACUUCCGGAGAUAGAUUCUGUCAGAUAUCAAGAUAAAAAAACUGAGUCAAGAACUCAGCCAACACAUCUACAUUCGCGCGUCAGCCAUGAGGACACGGAGAACAAGAUUCCGACCCGAGUUUCCACCAGAAGUCAAGAGAGGAGGAUCCACAAGACCACCCCUGCCUCUGCUUCUGCCUCAUAUUUUCACUCAAUAUCUAGUGACGAUGAAGAUGAGAGAGAAUUUGGUAGAGAUGCUGCACGCACCCAAACCAAGCCUUCUAUUUCCAUCUCACGAAGAACAAAGGGACAGGAGAGAAGAUCAUCUCUGGUUACUACGAAAACUGAGACAGUCUCUCAUGAUCAAGAUUCGCCUCCAAAGCCAUAUCCUGAGGCCAAGCCACUAGCUAAGCAACAGGUAUCAGCCUAUUCUUCAAGCUCUCUUCCAAAAACUGACAGAGCUUCUCACGAACAAGAAUCUCCUCCAAAGCUAAGUCAUGAGGCCAAGCCACUGGCUAAGCAACAAGGAGCAGCUUCUUCCUUAAGCUUUCUUCCAAAAACCGACAAAGCUUCUCACUAUCAAGAAUCUCUUCCAAAUCCAGGUCUAAAGGCCAAGCCAGCGGCUAAGCAACAAGGAUCAGCUACUACUUCAAGCUCUCUUCCAGAAACUGAAAAAGUCUCUCACUAUCGAGAAUCUCUUCCAAAGCCAACUCCAGAGGCUAAGCAAGAAGUGUCAGCUUCUUCAAGCUCUCCUCCCAAAACUGUGACAUCACCUGAGCCAGAAACUCCGGCAAAGGAGAAAUCUAGCCAUGUUCAUCCCAAACUCCCAGAUUACGACGACAUAUUUGCCAAGCUUGGGGCUCUUCGUCGCUGAAUUUCUUCUACUCAUUCUUCCCGUCUGUUGAUAUAUACAUAUUCAUUGUUUUAUUAGCGCUCAUUCUUUUCUUUGAUUGUUUGCUUGUAGAGUGAAGUUGAUUUUCGCAUCCUGAGCAUAACUUUUUGCCUUGAGGUAUUUCAUUUCUUUUGUAUAACAUGUUUGGCUUCCUUGUCAUAUGUAAUCAGAUUAUUGUCAUC